AAAAAUGAGCAAAAAUUGACAGUGAAUUCGGCGGGAAGUAGUGCCUUCAAUGUACCGAUCGUAAACAUAAACAAACCAAUCAUGGAUCCAAUUGAGGUGGAAUUUAUUGGCGAAGACACAACCGUGGGCAUAAUACCGAAUUUUUCCUUCGAACCAAUUCAUUUAAUUUCCGGAACAAUAGGACCAUUCCGUGCUGGCCUAGCCGUUCACGUUCCACUGUGGCUGGCGAUACAUUUACGGAAACAGCAAAAAUGUCGCAUAGUGCCGCCUGAAUGGAUGGACAUUGAAACGUUAGAGGACAUCAAAGAGGAUGAAAAGAGAUCGAGAUUUUUCACGAAAAUGCCGAGCGAACAUUAUAUGAUCGAGGCAAAGCUCAUUUUGGGUACAGCUCCCGAGGACGUACCGCGAUCCGAAGAAAUACGCACCAUCAUCAAAGACAUCUACGAUAUACGGGCGUCGAAGCUACGCACUUCGAUGGAUGACUUCAUCAAAGGAGAGGGAACUUAUGCAAAAUUAGACUUUUUAACAACAUUUGAGAUACAUUCCGUACGGCCGUUGCUUCCGCAUUCAUUGGAUUUUAUUGCUCGAUUACAAAAGGAGGCAUCAUCUCGACCGAUGGGAAACACUACGGGAUCUGGUAGUCAUUCAACUUCUUCACAUAACUUUUCCUUCACACCCCAUUGAUUUGUGCAUUUGUUUCCACAAAAGUUCGAUGGCUAAUUGAAAGGGUCGAUGGAGAUGGACCGCUAGAUGGUCUUCAACGUGUAUUUAGAUGAUAAGGUGUUAACGAAAUUAACAUUUUGAUUGCGCAGCCUAUGUAUUUAUUGAAUUAAAUUGCUAUGGAAUCCGAAGAAUCGUCAGAAAACGAA